GAAUGUUUUUGUUGGUGCACGCAGGACUUCCGGAUCGCUUUAAGAAGUAGAAGCAUUUCUCGGCAACGAUGUGCUUCUGUAGGUGAUAACAGUUUAAUGUAGAGAAAUAGCGACCUCUGUAAUUAUUUCUGCCGACUGCUUAGACUUAAUUCAGGGUAAAAUGGUUGACUGGAACCCGAUAGCGAAGCUGUACGACCCGCUGAAAGCUGGCAGCAUCGACGGUACGGACGUUGAGCCCCAUGACCGGGCGGUGUGGAGGGCUAUGGGAGCCCGAUACAAACCCAACAAAGGCGUUGUGGGAGACCCGCUGCUCACUCUGUUUGUAGCCCGUUUGAGCCCGCACACAACCGAAGAUAAACUGCACCAAGUGUUCUCCAAGUACGGAGUCAUCCAGCGGCUCCGGCUGGUCCGGGACAUCGUGACGGGCUUCUCCAAAGGAUACGCCUUCAUCGAGUACAAGGAGGAGCGGUCCGUGGUCCGGGCCCGGCGGGACGCCAACAAGCUGGUGGUGGACCAGCAGGAAGUGUUUGUGGAUUUCGAGCAGGAGAGGACUCUUAAAGGAUGGGUGCCGCGGCGGCUCGGUGGGGGACUGGGAGGGAAGAAAGAGUCCGGACAGCUGCGGUUCGGCGGCAGGGACAGACCUUUCCGGAAACCCAUUAACCUGGGGGUCGGACCGGUGCAGGACUGGGGAGGAGGUGGAGGUAGAGACAGGGAGUGGGACAGACAAGGGGCGAGAGGAAGGGAGGACCGGGACCGACACAGAGAGGCGGAGUGGGGCAGCAGAGGAAGGAGGGACGACCGGGACAGAGGAAGAGAGAAGGACGACCGGAGACACGGAGACCGGAGCAGACACCGGGACAGGAGAUGAAGCACAGACAUACUUUAGUGCUGACCUCACCAGGGUCAAAGGAAGUCUGACAGAUGUUUUACUGUCCAGCACAGCACAGUUGAAAUGGAGGAAUGUAAGCCAAAUGGACAGUGAAGGAGAGAGUGAUUGGACACCAGACUGUUCUGUUCUGAACAUACUGAACUGUACUGUGGAAAAAUACUAAUUUCAAUUACAGAUCACCUUCCUAUGAUAUAAUGUCAUUGGUUUGGGUGGCGAUUGCCAAGUUCACUGGAUGAUGUCAGCCUUUAGUCUGUGUUUUUCAUUUCAGUAUUUCUCAGGGAGCUAGUGUAAACUGAGCUGUAAAACUAUUAUAAUUCAUCACAUUAAAAAUUUAUACUGUUCAUAAUAAUGAAA